AGUUGCCAGCUGAGGAAGGAAAAACCUUACUUGAGCUUGUGAUUGAACAAUUUGAAGACUUACUAGUUAGAAUUUUGUUGCUGGCAGCUUGUAUAUCUUUUGUCCUGGCCUGGUUUGAAGAAGGUGAAGAAACAAUCACAGCCUUUGUAGAACCUUUUGUAAUCUUACUUAUAUUAGUAGCCAAUGCAAUUGUGGGAGUGUGGCAGGAAAGAAAUGCUGAAAAUGCUAUUGAAGCUCUUAAAGAAUAUGAACCAGAAAUGGGCAAAGUAUAUCGACAAGACCGAAAAAGUGUACAGAGGAUUAAAGCAAGAGACAUUGUCCCAGGUGAUAUUGUAGAAGUGGCAG